CAAUUGUUUUAACUUAAUAACAUUUCUAGAAUUUCCAUGAGCAUGGAUAACAGUAUUGCAUUAUUGAAUGUGACUUCUGGUGAUGAAAAUAAAAAGGAAUCUCAAAAAAUUACAUUAUUAGAAGAAAAUGAAAUACUUUUAAGAAAACAAAUUGGAGAAUUACAGGAAUGCCUUAAGGAACAAGAGAAAAAGCUCAAAUCUGUGCAGGAAGAACAAAAUAAAGUAAUUCAGUUGGAAUCGGAAGUAUCGAGUUUAAGACGUAUGAUAGAAAUAAAAAUAAAAGAUUGGACAGUAACAGAAGAAAAAGCAUUAGAAAUCAUGAAGAACAUUAAAGAUAAUUUUAAGAAGAGAGAGAAUGAUGUGACAAUAGAAUCGAAGAAAUGUAUUGAUAGCAAAAAGCAGGAAAUUACAUACUUGAAAGAAAAAUUACAGUCAACACAAAUUGAUUAUGAAAAGAAGAAAAAGCAAUUGGAGAAAAUAAAUGAAGAAUUAGAAAAAAGAGAAAAGUUGUUAUUAGAAUAUCAAGAAAGAGUAAACAAGGUUUUACAGAAAGAUGAAGAAAAGCAACAAUUAACAAAAGAAGUAAAUGGUUUGAGAAGUAAAUUAACAGAUAAAAUACACGAAAAUGAAGUAUUAGAAUUGAAUAUGAAUACUUUAAAAACAAUAUGCACUGAAUUGGAAGAUCAGAUUCAUGUUCUCGAACGAUUAUUGGAAACACAUCAGGAAAAUGAAUCCAAAUUAAUAAAACAAAAGGAAUCAUGUCAGAAUGAUAUAGAAAAACUGGAAGAUGAUGUAAGAAAUACUCAGGAAACACUAGCUAAAGAAAAAAGAAACAGGUUUGAAUUAUUAUGAAAUAUAUUUAAUUUUGUUAA